UUGACCCCAUGUCGACUCCCCUUUAAGAGACGUGGGAUGGGACGUGGUCUGUCACCCAACCCUGUCCAAGCACCCGCUGGGGGGAGGAGAGUCUAGAUGGACAUAUAGAUAGGCAAAUAAAUAAACAAGCGACAGGAGGAGGGGGGAAGGAGAAUAGGAAAUUCUGUCUUUUCCUCUUCCCGAGCAUCUUGCGCUGCGCAGUAUUGGCGACACCAACGGGGAGCGGUGCGCAUUUUUUCUGUCGAUCCGAGGAGAGGACGACAGUAGCCUAUCUGAAGCGGCACUUCUGAGCCCAAACGAACAGAUCAAAGCGGACAGAAACACCGCAGUCUGACAGACCAAGGGGAUACUGUGGGGGUUUUUUUCUCUCUGAAAGUAAUAUUUUUUCAUGCACAGGCGCUUGAGGGAGGCAGUCAAACCCGGUGCCCUCUCCAAACGGGAUAUUUGACCGACCUAUGGAGAGUUGAUUUACAUCCCUUAAUUUUGCAAAAAAUAUAUUUGGACAAUCAGAGGAGCCUCGCUUGCUCAGCAUUUUUUAAUUAGCUUGUUUUUUAAAAUAUUGCUGCGGGGCAAGGAAAUAGCUUUCAUUGCCAGUUGAGUGUUACAUAACCGUGUGGCUUUAGCUGUCCAAGGUGCUGAACUGACAGCUAUAACGGGACGAGCCGAAGGGAAUUCACAGCCUUGCAAGGUCACAGGCCUAUCAAUCGGGGGAAAGCACCAGGAUCCGCUCACUGAACCACCGGGAAGCAGCUGGGUUUUAUUCAUAUCCUUUUUUUUUUAAAAGUCGCCCCGUGGUGAAAUACAUUCCUGAGGUGGUCGAUUCAACGGAGAGAAAAUGUCGGGGCAAACGCUCACGGAUCGCAUUGCCGCUGCGCAAUACCAGCUAACGGGAUCAGAUAUGGCCCGAGCUGUCUGCAAAGCCACCACUCAUGAAGUGAUGGCGCCCAAGAAAAAGCACCUGGAGUACCUGGUGUCAGCCACCAAUACCACCAACGUGAACAUCCCUCAGAUGGCUGACACGCUGUUUGAACGGGCCACCAAUGCCAGCUGGGUGGUCGUUUUCAAGGCCCUUGUCACCAGUCAUCACAUGUGUGUCCACGGCAAUGAGAGGUUUAUUCAGUACUUGGCUUCCAGGACCUCCCUGUUCAACCUCAGCAAUUUCAUUGACAAAACGGGCUCUCACGGCUACGACAUGUCUACAUUCAUCAGACGGUAUGGACGAUACCUGAACGAGAAAGCUUUCGCUUACCGCCAGAUGGCUUUUGACUUCACCAGAGUCAAGAAGGGUGCUGAGGGUGUGAUGAGGACCAUGACCACUGAGAAGCUGUUGAAAGGGAUGCCUGUUCUGCAGACUCAGAUUGACACACUCCUGGAGUUUGAUGUUCAUCCCAAGGAGCUGAACAAUGGGAUCAUCAAUGCUGCAUUCUUGCUUCUCUUCAAGGAUCUGGUCAAACUGUUUGCAUCCUACAAUGACGGAAUCAUCAACCUAUUAGAGAAAUACUUCAAGAUGAAGAAGAGUGAUUGUAAGGAGGCCUUGGAGAUCUACAAGAGGUUCCUGACCAGGGUGACAAAGAUUGGGGAAUUCAUGAAGCUGGCUGAGACAGUUGGAGUUGACAAAAACGACAUUCCUGACAUCAACUAUGCUCCCAGCAGUAUCCUGGAGUCUCUGGAAACACACAUGAACGGUUUGGAGGAUGUAAAAGGUGGAAAGAAGGGUGAAGGGUCUCCAACAAAGGGGUCUCCGACAAACAAUGUGUCUCCAACGUCGACCCCAGCCAAAUCUUCAAAUGCUGUUCCCACACUGCAGCCUCCUCCUGGGGAGAGUGCUGCUGCCGCUGCUGCAGCUGCCCCAGAGCCAGCGGAAGAUUCUUUGUUGGACCUGGAUCCACUCUCCUCUUCGGGUCCCUCUGUAACAUCAGCUGCCCCCACGUCCUGGGGAGACCUUCUUGGAUCAGAAAUGGGCGAUUCCUUGCUAUCCGAACCCACCCUCACGGCAGAGCCCGCCCCCUCCUCUGCAGCAGCAACGCCCACUCCUGCAGCGGCAGAGCCUGGAGUCUCUCUAGCUCCUCCCACUAGCACAGCAGCCGCCGCCUCCCCCGGCGCCACCAAUAUGGAUCUGUUGGGAGAUGCCUUUGCAACACCUGCUCCUGCCACUGAGGCCUCUGCAGCAGCAGCUGAAGGUGGGGCUGCAGCUACGUCCGCCCCAGCCGCCAACACUGGAGCUGACCCCUUCGCUUCCUCAGAUGGUAGCACCAACGCGACAUCUUCAGGUCUAGACCUUUUCAGCAUGAUGACAGUGGAGAAUAAUAACCCGGGUAGUUCGCUGGAUGCCUGUUUUAGCUCUGUGGUGCCCCAGCCUUCCCCUUCUGCUUCCCCUUCACCGCUCUUCACCUCCGCAUCCAGCACCAUCAUCACCACUGCAACCAUUUCAGCUCCAGUAGCCCCCAGCGCCACAAACCCCGCAACUGACCUUUUCAGUGCAGAUGUAUUCAGCUCCCCUGCCCCCAUCCUCACCUCCGCACCCCCACCCAAAAUUGACACGGGAGCCAUCAUGAACCUGUUUGGUGAGUCCACAGGAGGAGAUGCCCCAGCUGCUGCUGCCGCUGCUGCUCCUGCUGCCCCCGGCACAGAGCUCAUGUCAGUAUUUGAUGGACUAGGGGAUGUAAUGAAGCCCACUGUGACCCCUCAGGCGGGUGACGUUGACACCUCCAUGGCUAACAUGGCAAGUAAUCUCACAAUGGGAACCUCAGCGGCCCCACAGGUAGCUCCCCCCAGUUGGGGUGCUCCCAUGCCCGGGGCACCAGGCGUUGGAGCUCCCAUGAUGCCCAUGGUUAGGCCAGGCUUCCCUGCCACCGGAGCGACCCCUGGAGCACCGAUGUCUCCUGGAGUGGCCCAGAGCCCCAGAAAGCCUCCACCACCCAGGAACGCUCUGGAUGACCUUAACAUUAAGGACUUCAUGUAGACUGACUGACCCGUAAACCCCCAAGGUUUGUCAUUGUGUCUGGAGCUCUGUGGAUGUGGAUGUCUGCACUUCCCCACUGCCUUCCCUCAGUCAUGCCCCAGCCCUUCAGCCAUUCAGCCAUCAUCUCUACGACCUUUACCCUCCGACCUCCUACCAGCCGCAGCCCCUGAAACAAUCUGCCCUCCUUAUCUAAUGUUGUAGCACAACUGUGAAUGUGAACCCUAGAUACAGAAAAACAAAAUUCCGUUUAUGUGUGUGUGGGUGUGCGUGUAAAUCAGUGUUAACCUUUACUUAAUAUACUAUUGAAAAAUGAACAAAAAAAAUUAAUAAAUGUGUAUUUAGAUUCAUUCUGGAUUUCCGCAUAUCAGCUGACUUGGAAUGAUGGAUAUGUGUUGGUUUCUUUGCGCAUCUCCCAGACAAGGACUGUGUUGUUAAAUGUGGACUGUGUUCGGUGUGUGUAACUUCACUGGCCAACCCCCACUCCGACUCCUCUAUCCCUGUUGUCCGAACUAAUACUGAGCUAUGUUUAUGCCAUUUAAAACUUGGUUGUACCUAUAUCUGCUUGGCCGUCCAUCCUCCCGCCUGUCUACUUUUUUGGAGAACAACUUUCAAUCAAAACGUUACCUGAAAAUAACUUGCACUGCAAAUCUGGACUUAUCAUCGAACACCUCAAACAGUUGUUCAGUUUCGUUUUUACUUUAUCUUUUUUUUAGGGAUUGUAUGAAACAUGCAAAAACUGUGUUCAAACAUAUGCAUUUUUGAUGAUAGAUUACAUAUUUUCUUUAAUCUUUAUUUUCAAAGAAAAAAAAUGUAUCAUAUAUUUUUAGUUAUGUCAACUUAUAUAGUUGGAAAAAAAAAAGGCAAGUAGAUUCAAAAAUUUCCCGCCUUCUUUGUACAUACCUCUCAGUCUGUUAUCAGAGGCAGUAUUGAAAGGAAACUUGGCCAUGAGUGUUUACGGUUGCGCCCUCUGCUGGUGUGGAGUGACGCUGCAUCGUAGCAUGCAACACAGGUCAACCUGGAAUGCAUUCUAAUACUCUCAAAGAGCUCCUUUCCUUGUCUGUCUCCACACAUGCUGACAUUUGACUUAAUGUUCAGGUGGAAAUCAAAGACACAAGGAGGCAUCUGUGUAUGUGAUUGGCCUCAGUCCUCUGUGGGUCAUUUGUGACGCAGCGAUCGGUACAUUUUGCUCGUGUGCUGUCACUGGAAAGUCUUGAGGACUCUCACUGUAAAGCACUGAAGUAUACGCUGGAUGUUCUGUGUGUUGUUUAUUUCCAAAAGUGACUGUAUCUUAAUCCAUUGUGGCAUUGCAAAGUGUUGAAAGAAAAAUAAAGAUGACUAUGACACAUAAAAACAAAAAGAAUGUGGAUAAAUAAUGUUUGCUAAGUAUUCAUAUGAAGGCUGUGUUGUUGUUUUUUUUUCGGGGGGUUAUAAUGGAUGGCAUCGUCCUCCCUCCCUCGCCCCCACCUGCAUGUGAGUCCAAAUGAGAUGCAAUAAAAUACAA